AUGCGGAAAAGAGAGGAUGCAACAACGUGGAGGAUUUCAAUAGAAACGGAGUUCAAUGGCGAACACGGAGCUCAUUUAGCAACAUCAUUGACUCCAGAAUUAGCACCUAGAUCAUAUCAGAUCAGAAAUGAGAAACCUUAUCGUCUCGAUGAAUGGAUUCAAAUAGCAAUUGCAUAUGAUUCGCAUCAACUUUUACUUCACGUAGAUGGUGCACGUGUUGAUAAAUUGGUACGUGAGUUUGGUGUUCUUUAUUCGGAAAUCCGGAGUGCAUGCAAAAAAUUGUAUUUGGCGACAGACAGCAGUCGUCGUGACCAAAUCGUCGGAUUUCGGGGUUAUAUUGGGAAACUGCGCAUAUCGGAUCGCUUUAUGAAUCAUUCAGAGUUAAUUCGAGAACAAUGGGAGGGAAAUGUCAUUGAAGAGAAAUUUUCAGACUUCCGUCAUUGGAAACACCUUGGUAUGCAUCAUUGGUUGGGUGCCAAAUGUGAACAACGGAUGCUCGGUAAUGAACAGUGUGAAUUGGAAUGUAACAAUCGUGAAAACAACUGGGACCAAGGCGACUGCUGCACUGAUUUUGCUUCUAGCGGUAAUCGCUUCUGCAUUGAUCCUGCUUCUAUCUAUAGACGUUAUAUCAAUGUCAAAGAAUACAAAGCAGCAGUUGGAGUAAACAACGAGAAUGGAUUGACAGUACAGUUUGGUGAUUGGAUGGUAAGUGAUCUAGUGGGCUUUUCAACAUUUCCAUGGGAAAAAGAUAUUUAUAGCAGUCAAGGAAUACUACUUCGCUAUGAUCGUUUCGGGACACCUGGACAAAUCAAUAAUUUAAUUCAUGAGACUGGCCAUAUUCUCGGUCUCUGGCAUGUUCAUCAUGGGACCAGUGAAGUACCAUGCAGUAACCCCUGUAGGGAAAAAAUACCUUCUAUGGUAAAUGGUGAUAUGCUAAGCGAUACGAAUCCAACGGUUAAAAAUACAGCGUGUGCUGACCCAGAAACAGUUGAUCCAUGUGAUGCAACUCAACGAUUUAAAAAUACACCUUUCCGGAAUUACAUGAGUACAAGGGACCUAGAACAGUAUAUGACUAGAGUGAUGUGGGCAUCACCAUUAAGCAGCAUGAAUUGCGGUCCACGACAAAAAGGUGUGCAAGAAACGCAUUGCACCACAGACAGACGUGUCAUACAAUAUGCUAUCUCAGCUAGUUCAUUUGAACCAUUCCAAAUGUCAGGUUUUGGGGGGGGGGGGGGUCCAGAACAAGCUACCAGUAACGCUUCAUUUUUUAAUCAGAUUUGA